AGCGUGUGUGUUUCCGUUACCGCGUUUGACAUCAACAGUUUUUAAAAGUUGAUAUGAUUGUAAUUUUUAAAAACUACUUACAAUAGACACUUGUUGGGUUGUGCUAUUAUUUUGUAAAGUAAUCUUUGUGUAAAGGGAGAGAGAAAUUUGGAUGUUUACAAUUGUAUUCAAUUAUUUAUUUUGUCGAGAAUAAUUUCAUAUUUUUUAGCCUAGGUACUUGGUGAUGUCUCAAUUUUCAUUCUACAAUGACGUGAACAGCUGUGUUCGCAUGGAUGAACCAAUCACCAGAGGUCCGCAACCGCGGUGGCUAAAGAAACCUGAUGAAAACUGUAGCUCCACCAAUAUAACCAACAACAGUCUGAACACUUCAAAAAGUUUUCUUUCCCUGUCUAUGAACUCGAGUCAGCUGAAGAGUCCGAGCAAAGGUAUUUCUGCCCAGCUGAAGAAGACACCCAGAAAGACACCAUCCAAAACACCAAAGAAGACACCUAAAAAGUCACCAGGAGUCCAAAGGAAAACACCAACAGGUGGAGAUCGCUUCAUACCUAUUCGCUCUGAGAAAAAUUUUGAAUUGGGACACUUCAAGCUGACCUCGCAGGACCACGAGGACGACGAGAUGAAGAGCCCCUCGCAGCUGAAGGUGGAGCGGAUAAUGCGGGAGAACCUGCUGGGGACGGACGUGCGCACCCUCAAGUUCCUGGCCUUCGAGGACAGCGCGCCGGAGACCACCGAGCAUUGCGGCUGCUGGAUGAACUGGUCCCCUCCCAGCGCUGCCACCACGCCCCUCCUGAAUUACUUCUGCGGAGUUCACAAUCCUUUGAAAGUUGCAUACAGCCAUUCAAAAACAAAGUCAGCUUCCAAAUCUACAGUACGAUUCAUACCUCAGGCCCCGGACAAGAUCCUGGACGCUCCAGAUAUAUUGGAUGAUUAUUACCUGAACCUGGUGGACUGGAGCGCCAGCAACCUGCUGGCGGUGGCGCUGGGCAGCGCCGUGUACCUGUGGAACGCCAACACGGGCUCCAUCGAGCACCUGCUCACCCUGGACGGCAGCGACUACGUGUGCUCCGUGGCGUGGAUGCAGGAGGGGGGAACCCACCUGGCCGUCGGCAACUCCUUCGGCACGGUGCAGCUGUGGGACUGCACCGCGAUGAAGCGUGUUCGAUCCAUGGCAAGCCACUCGUCGCGCGUGGGCUCCCUCUCCUGGAACUCGUACGUGCUGAGCACGGGCUGUCGCACGGGGCAGAUCAGCCACCACGACGUGCGGCAGAGGGAGCAUCUCAUCUCCUCCGUCACGCACCACACCCAGGAGGUGUGCGGGCUGAAGUGGUCGCCCGACGGGCGGUUCCUGGCCAGCGGGGGCAACGACAACCUGCUGUGCGUGUGGGCGGCGGCCGCGGGGGAGCGGCACUCCCAGCCCCGGCCGCUGCACGUGUUCGACGCGCAUGCGGCGGCCGUGAAGGCCCUCGCCUGGUGUCCCUGGCAGCGCCACGUCCUGGCCAGCGGCGGCGGCACUGCCGACCGCACCAUCCGCUUCUGGAACUGCAACACGGGCGUCUGCCUGCAGACCCUCGACACCAAGUCCCAGGUGACCGCCAUCCAGUGGUCGCUGACGUACAAAGAACUAGUGUCGGGGCACGGCUUCGCGAACAACCAGUUGAUUAUAUGGAACUACCCAGCUCUUACCAAGGUGGCCGAACUGACGGGGCACAUGUCUCGUGUCCUGCAGCUCGCGAUAUCCCCGGACGGAAGCACCGUCCUCUCGGCGGGGGCGGACGAGACUCUACGCCUGUGGACGUGCUUCUUGCCGGACCCGGCCAAGAAGAAAGAUGUGGCUCCUGCCAAGACCGAGUCUCGUGUGCUGAAUUUGCUUCACCGUAUUUGAAUUUUUUAUUUAUGUGUGAGAGAGGACAAUACCUUGUUGACAUUCGUAGUUGUCUAUAGGGUUGAUAGCAGUUUAGCUCGUUAAUGAAGUAUUAAAUUUUAGUGCUAUAACGGUGCACCAAUAUUUAUUGCAGUGUUGUAAGUAUCAAUUAUUAGGUAUGCUCUGUCCAUUCGGUUUUAAUGGUCAUCCUUUAUCGUGAGUUUUAGUUUGUGCGUAAACAUUAUUGUCGUGAGUUAUAUAUUAAUUUUUUUUACACGCUGCAAUUUUUUAAUCUGUCCAUAUUUCUGCCAUUAUGAAUUUUGAUCAUUUUUAUUUGUUAUUUGUUAAAAGUUUGGUGAUAAUAAAUGUCAUAAAGAGUGA